AUGGGAAUUUUUGCAUUUUUCUUAGCUUUUGCAACACCUUUUUUAUUAAACUUUGAAUUCAACAAUUUUGAAUAUAAAGUUAACUUAUCUUUUUUGUCGUUAAGGGAAAGUUCGACGAUUAAAAGUGAAGAAAAUGAUUAUUAUGCAAAGUAUAACAUUACAGAAGGAAUCCCAAGGUUAUUUCCAAACAUUCAUCCAUUGGAAUUGAAUCCUAUAGAAGAGGCAACGAAUAGUCAUUUAUUCAAGUACUCAAACACUAGUUUUGCUUUAGAUUGUUACCAAAAGUUGCCUCAAUAUUCAAUAAUUAUUGGCCUCAUUAAGGAAUAUUCAUAUUUUUUGUCUGCUUACUACAGAUUGAGAUGUGAGAAUAGGAACGAAUACCAUGAUGGAACGAAAUGUGGGGAUAUUCCAUACUUAAUUGAUUUAUUAGAUAAUAAGGCAGAAAUUCUAAAUGAAAAAAAGAUUCAAAAAAAGAAUAGAUGUUUCACUAUUGAAUCAAAUAUUGUUUCAGUUCAAUCGAGAUAUUAUGAUCAUGAUGGAUUUAUAGGAAGAAUUAAACCAAUAUUAGAGUCUGAAUUCAUUUUAGUUGAAAAGUCAUUUUUAAGAAGACUAAUUUCAGAAUUUGAGCAAACGCUUAUUAACAAAGUAAUUUCUUAUGAGUUGUAUUGUAUUUCUAAGUUGGAAUAUAAAGGAAAAGGUACAAUUGAUUGUUAUCGUUUAAGAUUGGAAAGUUGGAUUUUGGAACAAGAACUAGUAUUAAUUUCGGAAGAAUACUUUAAACGGAUGUCAAGAUUUGAAAGAUUAAAAGACAUAGUUUAA